AGAAGAGCUGAGCGCACCCAGCCAGACCUCCCGGGGGCAACACAGCGCACAGGAGUCUGAAGCCAGCGGCCAAGGCCCCAGCAGGGAUUCCCUUGCCGGGGCUGGGGCGGCGGUGGCACUGCCCACCCCCCCCCACCCUUGGUGACCGCCCCAUGUAACCUGACACUUGGAUCUCCAGGACGACCAACAACAGAAAAGCUGAGGCUGAGACAGCAGCUGGCUGUCAGCAGCCGGGAGUUCCACCCGCUCUGAGGAAGGCGCCCAGGGGCAGGUCAGGAAAGAGGCAUCCGAAAAGGAAGGAAGUGGUGGUGGCUGGGCCGAGGACAGGCCCAGGAGGCUGCUGGGCUGCCCGGCAUGUGCGGUUGCCCCCCAACCCCACACCUGAGUUCCUAGGUGGGUGGGGCCUCCCAGCCCUGUCUCUGCUCAGCACGCCCGCAGGAGCCCGCAGGAGCCCGGCAGGAGCCCGGCAGGAGCCCGGCAGGAGCCCGGCGCACCAUGGCAGCUGCCAGCUUUGUGCAGGAGAUGCGCUCCGUGGGUGAGAAGCUGCUGCUCAAGCUGCAGAGACUACCGCAGGCUGAGCCUGUGGAGAUCGUGGCCUUCUCGGUCAUCCUCCUUUUCACAGCUACUGUGCUGCUGCUGCUGCUGACCGCCUGCUGCCGCUGCCACGCUAAGCGCAGACGCGGGAAGGUCCAUGCCCAGCCCGUGACCCCACCGUGAGGGGCAGGCGUGAGGACGGCACGCUGGUGAGGAGGCCGCCAAAGCCGUGACCCUAGGUGCCACCUGGCCCUGCGGCCCUCAGCCCACAAGACCGCGCUCCAUGGCCCCAGCUCCGGCCCUGCCUGGGAACCCGCCACCUGCAACCUUACCAAGAAAGCAAGGGCUGGGACAGCCACCAAACUCUGACCUGCCAGGAAACCCCAGGGGGCCGGGGAGGAGUCAACUGUUUCAAGCACCGAGUAAAGAAAAACUGGGGAUUCUUUCCCAACCUGCACCUUUUAACAAAACACAGAAGCAGGGUCCCCAUACUUGGAUGGAGAACAGCCUGCAUCCGUGGGGAGCUGGCCCUUGGGGCCCCCAUGCCAAAGAGGGGCUUUGUGCAAUAGCUACUGGAUCCCAAGCUUCCCACCAGAGGGGAGCAUGUCAGUAUUCUGCUCCAGUAUUUGCCCGUUUCUUUCCCAGUAAAAGCUUUCUGUUUAUGUGUUUCUGCGGCACCAGACUCCCUGGCCUGGGCUUGGUGCUUCCAAAGGGCAAUGUGCCAGAAUUCCAGGGGUGUGGCCAGUGACUGUCCUUGCCAGGCCUCUGCACUCCCUGUGCCCACGAAAGCUGGAAAAACACACAGGCAGGAAUGCCAUGCAAGAGGGAACCAGGGAAGGGUCAGGGUGAAAGUCCCGUUGGUAGCAGCUGUUAACGAGCUCUGGCUCCAGAUGCCCCCACUGCAUGCACCCGGGUUUUGGGCUCAGGAAGGCCACUCCACAGCUUCUGCCACCACUUACUUUACCUGCACAGCCCACACCAGCGGGCUCAGGCCACCGGAUCUUCCCAAACUUCUGGAGUCAGAGAAGAGAGGUCAGGCCCCUACUGCUGUCCAUAACCUGCAUCCUGACCCCUCAGUCUUCCCCAUCGUGUACCAGGCUGUCCGGGUGCAAAUCCUCACCCCGCCACUCACCAGCUGUGUGAAUGCGGCUUAGUGAUUCAACCUCCCUGAGCCACAUUUCCUCCCCUCUGAGACUCCGCUAACCCCGGAAGCUGCCUCCUGGGGUGAGCUUGUGAGGAGAAACGGAGAUGACCUGCAGCAAGCACUUGGCACAGUACUGGGCAUAUCCUAAGCUCUGGAGAUAUGAACCAUCAUCAUUAUCUGCCCCUCUAAACAAGAGCAACAUGGACCCAUUUUAAGGACUGGCCCUGCCACAAUGUAACACCACCCUGCCUCCCUCCCUUCGGUUCACUUUCUCUUCCAGGUAGAGCUAUCGACCCAGGAAAGAGGUUGGGGGAGUAAGAGGUUGGGGGAGUCAAAAGCUCUCCAUGGUACCUCCCCCUCCAUCCCCGCUGGUCCGCCAGAGCCACUAGGGGUGGAGCCCUGUCUAUCUAGAGAAACGGAGUGGAGAGGGGGAUGCCGGGCAGGUGGGAGAAACUCUGCCUGGUUUCACUUCCUGGGGUCCACUGACUUGUCUGACGGGUUUGGUUUAGGUUGAAGACCCAGAGAGGAAGUCCUUCCACACAAAAGAAAAGAAAUUCAAGAACCAGCCUGUACCCACCCCACAAGAACGGGAUUCAGAGUAACAAUGGUAACAAUGAGGAUGGUGAAGGUGGCAGGUGAUGAUCAGGUUUGGGAACAAACAGCUGACUCCUGAUAAGCAACCAACUUCACUGAUGGAGGAAGUAGGCAGCUGUGCUAGAGACCAGCCUGCUGUCUGGGAGCGUUCAGCAGCCAAGGGCAUGCGUCAGUAUGUUUUACGGAGGGAAACUCGAAACAUCAGGUGAGCCCAUGACAGUCAAGAAGGACUUUACUGAACUCGCUCAUCAUCUGUCUCCUCCAACCUCGGCUGCUCAUUAGCAUUGCUCCGCAGGCUUUACAGAGCACGGGGCUCUGACUGCCCAGAGACUGAACUAAGUGAUACCAGGCAGGGCCCAGAUGAUUCUAAUGAGCAGGGCUGAGGACCAGCGACCUAGAAUGGAAGCCUGGAUGGGCAGGGCCUGCCUCACUUGGUUCACAAUGGACAUGAGGUACCUAGCGCAGUUCCUGGCCACACCAAGCACUUGAAUCCUAACUUUUAAAGAAUAAAUGGUGGCGCUAGGUUUCCA